AUGACAAAAAUCUUUCGGAACUCUUUUGGAAUCAUUUCGAAAUCUAGCUUCGGAGUCGACUUCGAAAUCAUGGCAUCCCGCAACUUUUUCGAAAGUAUUUCGAACAACUAUCGAGAGGUCUUCGAAAGAUUUUCGGAAUCCCCUUCGGAGCACAUUGCAAAAUGUACCUGGACCAAGGUCCAGGACGUCGCCCCCUGCGGGCGCGUCUUUCGAAACAUUUCCGAACGAGCUUCGGAAAUGUUUCGAAACGCAGCACCCGUAGUGUACAAAAAGCUUCCGGAAAAGUUCCCUGACCAAGCAUCCGCCGCCGGGCCCAACGGUAAUUUGCCGUCAACCAGUUUUGACGGUCAGCCCACACAAAUUCGACGGUUCGCACUCAGGCAACAAGGACAGCCUCCCAAAGUGAAAAACUGUUAA